UCAUCUGGCAAGGCAGUAGGCACUGAGUCACCAGGCACAACAGUGGACUCUGAGUCAAUUGGCACGACAGCUGGCACCGGGUCAUCUGGCGCUGGAUCGUCUGGCUCGACAGCGGGCAUCUGGUCACCAGGCAUGACAGCAGGCACUGGGUCAUCAGGUACCGGAUCGUCUGGAUCGACAGCGGGCACCGGGUCAUCUGGCACUGGAUCGUCUGGCUCGACAGCGGGCAUCAGGUCACCAGGCAUGACAGUGGGCACCGGGUCAUCAGGUACCGGAUCGUCUGGCUCGACAGCGGGCACUGGGUCAUCAGGCUGAAGUGCGGG